AUGCACAGCAGCCUCGCCUCUCUGCUCGCGUGGGGCAGUCUCUUUGGGCUGUCCCAGGCUGCCUGCCCUUUCGCCGACCCGGCCGCUGCGCUGAGGCAGAAGCGUGAUGAUAGCCAAGCAUCAGACUUCCUUGCCAAGUACAAGGUCGACGACAGCAGCGGCUACAUGACGUCUGAUGUUGGCGGACCGAUCGAGGAACAGUUCAGCUUGAAGGCUGGCACACGGGGCUCGACUCUGCUCGAGGACUUCAUCUUCCGCCAGAAGAUCCAGCACUUCGACCAUGAGCGGGUUCCCGAGAGGGCGGUCCAUGCUCGUGGUGCUGGGGCCCAUGGUACCUUCACCAGCUAUGGGGACUGGAGCAACCUCACUGCCGCGUCAUUUUUGAGUGCCGCGGGGAAGGAGACUCCGGUAUUCAUUCGCUUUUCUACCGUUGCUGGCUCCAGAGGCAGCGCCGAUUCAGCAAGAGACGUCCACGGCUUUGCAACCCGGUUCUACACCGAUGAAGGCAACUUUGAUAUCGUGGGGAACAACAUUCCCGUCUUCUUCAUCCAGGACGCCAUCCGCUUCCCGGACCUCAUCCAUGCCGUCAAGCCGAGCCCGGACAAUGAGAUUCCCCAAGCCGCCACUGCGCACGACUCUGCCUGGGACUUCUUCAGUUCCCAGCCGAGCACUAUGCACACCCUCUUCUGGGCCAUGGCGGGCUACGGCAUCCCGCGUAGCUACCGUCAUAUGGACGGCUUCGGCAUUCACACCUUCCGGUUCGUAAAGGAAGAUGGCUCUUCCAAGCUCAUCAAGUGGCACCUCAAGACGCUCCAAGGGAAGGCGAGUCUGGUCUGGGAAGAGGCACAGGUCCUCGCGGGCAAGAAUGCCGAUUUCCACCGCCAGGAUCUCUGGGACGCCAUAGAAUCGGGAAAUGGCCCUUCAUGGGAGCUUGCCGUCCAAGUUGUCGACGAGGACAAGGCGUUGGCGUUCGGCUUUGACCUGCUGGACCCGACCAAGAUCAUCCCGGAGGAGCUCGCCCCGCUGACCAAGCUGGGCGUCAUCAAGCUGGACCGCAACCCGACAAACUACUUUGCCGAGACGGAGCAGAUCAUGUUCCAGCCUGGCCACAUCGUGCGGGGCAUCGAUUUCUCCGAGGACCCUCUGCUGCAGGGACGCCUCUUCUCGUAUCUCGACACGCAGUUGAACCGGAACGGCGGGCCCAACUUUGAGCAGCUCCCGAUCAACAUGCCGCGAGUCCCGAUCCACAACAACAACCGUGACGGCGCCGGCCAGGGCUUCAUCCAUACCAACAAGUAUCCUUACACCCCCAAUAGCCUCAACAAAGGCUUCCCAAUGCAAGCGGACCAGGCCAACGGUCGCGGCUUCUUCACCGCUCCGGGGCGCACCGCCAGCGGCAACCUCGUCCGAGCUCUCUCAUCGACCUUCGACGACCACUGGUCGCAGCCGCGGCUGUUCUACAACUCGCUCACGCCCGUCGAGCAGCAGUUCCUCAUCAACGCCAUCCGCUUCGAGACCAGCCACCUCACGUCCGCCACGGUCAAGCAGAACGUCCUCGCCCAGCUCAACCGCGUCAGCCACGACGUCGCGGUGCGCGUCGCCCAGGCGCUGGGGAUGGCCGCGCCCGCGCCGGACGAGACCUACUACCACAACAACGUGACGACGGGGAUUUCCAUUUUCAACGGCACCCUGCCGACCAUCAAGACCCUCCGGGUCGGCGUGCUGGCCAGCACGCGGAGCAACGCCACGCUGGGCCAGGCGGCGCAGCUCAAGCAGAGACUGACCGCGGACGGCGUGGUGGUUACCGUCGUCGCCGAGGCGCUUGUCGGCGGGGUGGACCAGACGUACUCUGCUGCGGACGCGACCGGGCUCGAUGGGGUUGUGGUGGUUGACGGGGCCGAGGGGCUGUUUGGUAGCGAUGAGGCCGCCGCCUCGCCCCUUUUCCCUGCGGGCAGACCCGGGCAGAUCCUGAUCGAUGCGUACCGGUGGGGCAAGCCGGUUGGUGCGCUGGGCAAGGCAGAGAAGGCGCUGAAGAGCGUCGGUGUGCCGACCGGGACUGCGGGCGUGUACAGCGAGAAAGCGGUGGAGGAACUUGUCAAGGCGCUUGAGGCUGGCUUGGCCACGUUUAGGUUCACCGACCGGUUCCCUAUGGACAAGGAGCGACAAUCACGUGGGCGGCCGCAUGAUGGGCCGCCUGAUGCCGCCAACGAGCUGGUCCAGUUCCUCUGA